GUUCGCAGCUGCGCGUAGUUGGACGUCCACCAAGAGUCGAGAUUCAUAAUUAUUGAUAUAGUUCGAGUGUGCAGCGCUGAGUGGUGUAACGUGCUAAUCGUAUCUAUCUUCGACUGAAUAACAAACACAUAAAUAUGCUCAGAUACUUGUGCAUUGUAGCAGCUGUUGCUCAGUUGAUCGCUUUCUCACAGGCCGAGACGCCCGCGUACAUCAAACAAUGCCGUCGCGACGAUCCCAAGCUCGGCGAUUGUAUCAGCGCUGGACUGGAGCACCUGAGACCCUAUCUGGCCAGCGGCAUACCAGAGAUCGAGCUGCCUUCCGUGGAGCCUUUCAAGAUGGAUUCGCUGGCUCUGCAGCUGACCGAGGGACCGCAAGGCUAUAAGAUUACGCUCAAGAACAUGGAAGCCUUCGGUGCCAGCAACUAUCAGGUCAAGUCGCUGAAGCUCGGCGAGAACGGCGGUGAGCCGUUCAAGGCAACCAUUUUCAUGCCCAAGCUGAAGAUCGAGGCAAAGUACACCAGCUCCGGUGUGCUGCUGAUCAUACCCGCCUCCGGCGGUGGCGAAUUCCAUGCCACAUUUGAUGGCGUCAAUGCCGAACUGACCGGCAAGACGUCCUUGCGCGGUAAGUACUUGCAUGUGGAUUCGCUGAGUCUGGUCUUGGAUGUGGACAAGGUCAAUAUGAGCAUCUCGCGCGCCUUCAACAACAAUCGCAUCUUAUUGGAGGCCACCAAUCUCUUCCUGCGCGACAACUCGCAAAUUGUGCUGGAGGCCAUGCAGGCGCAGCUCCAAAAGAAGUUGGCCAAUGAAUUCGGAAAGUUGGCUAACCAGCUGCUUAAGAACGUUCCUGUUGACCAGUUCUACGUGAAUUAGGCUACCUAGAAUAAG